AUGAACUCUCCAAUCUACCCCUUUACCUCGGACAUGGUCUCUUUACCACCAAUUACCGAUUUCUCAUUCGUGGAGGCAAUAUGUGAUAAUCAAGGAAACAUAGAAGGUUAUUGUCUUUUUAACGAUGAAUUCUAUGAUGCAAAAGAUCUGGCAACAUGGUUCUUCCAGAAGGCAGUUUUGUCCUGUACUCCAUCCAAAGGGGGCAACUACAUUGUCAUGAUCAUUCAUUAUGAUAGCAAUUGGCUCUCUUUUGUUAGGGCAGGAGAGGGCAAGUGGCAAGUGGUCUCAACUUCAGCUAGAAGGGUACAAAAUCGGUAUGCAGACUGUGCAUACCACAAUGGGAGUUUUUACACUGUGACAUGCCAUGGAAUAGUAGAGAAAUAUUAUCUUGAUGGACCGAAUGGACCAACAAAGGAGGCAAUUAUUGCACAUAGUACCUAUUCAAGUGUUCUUACUAGGAACUUGGUGUCUACACCAUGGGGUGAUCUCUUGCAAGUCCGGGCCAUUUCUGCAAAUCGUGUGGAUCGUGUGAGAUUUCAAAUUGCCAAGGUUCAUCCUGAAGGAUGCAAGAAGGUAUCACCGGACGACUUGGUAGAGCAUGCAAUAUUCGUUGGACUGAAUCACUCGACAUGUUUACCCUCGAAGAAUUUCCCAGGUUUAAGACCUCAAUGUAUCUAUUUCUCAUCUCCUUGGAUGACAGCGACAUUUGAUUUGGUUGCCCGUUGUCGUGGAUGGGGAGGUGUAAGGUCAUAUGACAUAGAAAGAAGAGUCUUUGAGCAUGCUUUUCCCUUCGUAGGGAAUACUUGGGGCCAGUGUGUCUUCGGAAGCUCGUAUGUGUCAUAA